AUGCGCUCGAGAAGUAGCGAUGUAUCGAUCGCAAAGUGCGAAAGAGAGCUCCAAAGUUGUGAGGAUGGUACCACAAUCUUCGCCCAAUCCGAAGACGGAAAUACGAAGGAAAAUAGUCUUCUUAACGGAGGCUUUGACCAGGCAAAGGCCACUUCUCCGAAACAACAAGACUUCCUCCACAAUGGAUCUGAGUCCGCCAGCUCUGAUUUUUCCCAGGACGUCCAGCAGCAUCUUGGUGGCUUGACUCAAAAAAAGCAGGAGCGACAAGUUGCUAAACAGUACGUGAUCGGAGCCACCAAGCAUCUUGUAGAGAUGUGCAACACGUACUGGAAUGAAAUCGAUGGGGCGGAUAAGGAUGAGGUUAUGAAUGAGGUUCUAGAAGCUGUAAGAGGCUGCAAGACGUCCGAAGCUGCGAUUAAAAAGAUGGCCCUUGGAAGGCCCUCAACUCUUACCACACGGCCAGCAUCUAUUCAGAGUCACGCGACUGUCCACACCCCAGACUUCCAGUCCGUGGAAACCCGGGCAUCUUGCAGCAAGUGCGAAGAACUCCAAGCCAGACUGAAGAAACUGCGGAUGCCCUGCUAA